AGCGGAGAAUACACUCUACCUCUUCAGUCCUGCAUCGAAUAGUAAUCGAUGGCUUUCAAACUCACGGUAGCUUUCCUGCUCGUUGCCAGUUUGGCACUCGCUUCCUCCAGAGCCACCCACAAGAUCGUCGGUGGCGAUGAGGCCGAAGCGCACGAAUUUCCCUACCAAAUCUCGCUGCAGUGGAACUUCAACGAUGGACAAACGGAGACCAUGCACUUCUGCGGAGCUUCGGUGUUGAACGAAAACUUCGUCCUGACGGCUGCUCACUGCAAGACCGCAUACUCCAAUACCGGGUUCAUCGAAGUGGUUGCCGCUGAACAUGAUGUGGCCGUUGCGGAAGGAUCCGAACAGCGUCGCUUGGUUGCGGAGUUCAUCGUCCACGAGGACUAUCAAGGGGGAGUCAGUCCCGAUGACAUUGCCGUCAUUCGUGUGGACAAACCCUUCGAAUUGAACGAUAAGGUGAAGGCCGUUAAGCUGCCCAAGCAGUUGGAACAAUUCGAUGGCGAUGUUACUCUGAGUGGAUGGGGAUCCGUAUCGACGACGGUGUUCCCGGACUAUCCUGACAAACUGAGGAAAGUCGUGCUUCCGCUGGUAGACUACGAACAAUGUAACGCCCUGUGGGACAACGACAGUGCUCUAGCGAAGAGUAAUGUCUGUGCUGGCCCGAUCGAUGGCUCCAAGUCGGCCUGCUCGGCUGAUUCCGGUGGCCCGUUGGUGAAGCAGUCCGGCGAAGAUGUGAUCCAGGUCGGUGUCGUGUCGUGGGGAGCCGUUCCAUGUGGAUCGCCACGUCGUCCGACCGUGUUUGCCGGAGUUUCCCAUUACGUCGAUUGGAUCGAGCAGCAGCUCCGUGCGUGAGAAAGAAACAGGACUCGGAUGUGAUGUUAUUUGACGAUGAUGACCAAUGCUUCUAAGCGCAAUUAAAGUUAUGGUGAUGGCAAGCAAUUAAAACUUG